CUAAAGCACUUUCCUUGUCCUAUCUAGGCCAUGGGAAUCCAAUUCGAUCAGGACAUAAUUGUGGAGAUCCUCAGCAGGUUACCCAUGCAGUAUCUUGUUCAAUUCAAAUGUGUUUCGAAAUUGUGGAAGACAUUAAUCUCUGAUCCUUACUUUAAGAUGAAGCAUCUCAAUCAUGCCAAGAAUGAUCGAUAUUCCCAAAAACUUCUUAUUUACGAACGUUCUCUUAAGAGUGGUGCGCCUUCCAUGUAUUGCUGUCCUUUAUCAUCGGUUCAACUGGUUGAGAAAGUACAAAAACUUGAUUGCCCUGCAAUUUCUAGAAGCACAGUCUAUUGUUCUUGCAAUGGCUUGAUUAUUAUCCAUGUUAUUGAUAGUAUUAAUGAAUGCUCCAUAAUUAUGCUAUGGAACCCCUCCACAAGAGAAUCAGUAGUACUUCCAGAUCCAGAAUUUUCACUGGUGGUAGGUUCUUGUUUGGGAUUGGGUUAUGACUCAACUAGUGGUGACUAUAAGAUCCUUAAAAUUUGCAAUGGCAAAGAUAGUAGUGAAGUACCUGGUGAAAUUCUGGAGUUGAAAAGUGGUUCCUGGAGAAAUAUUGAUAAACAUCCUCGUGGAAUUUGCAAUAAGGUGUCUGGUAUGGGUUCCGCUUUGGCAUUUGUAAACGACGCAUUUCAUUGGAUCGGUAAGUCUAGAAAUCAUUUUGAGGUUUCAAGAACUUAUUCUCUGGUUUCAUUUAGUAUUUCAAAUGAAGUGUACGGAGAGACACCGUUGCCAGAGGAAGUAUUAUGCUUGAAGGGCGACUUCUAUGUUGGCGUUUCAGUAUUGGAUGGAAUGCUUUGUGUUCAUUCUACUUUUCCUAAGUGUACUUUUAAGUUAUGGGUAUUGAAAGACUAUGGUGUCAAGGAAUCUUGGAAUGCAUUCUAUAGACGAUCCUUGCAUUUUUCAAGCCAUACCAAAAUAUAGGUUUGCCAACGGUGAAGUGCUAUUUUGAUGCAUACAUUAUCAGUACAGUUGGCCGUAUUCAUUGAGGACAUCCAGAAGACAAUUUAGAUUAUGUCGUACCUUGAGGAUGGAUUUGCUUUUACAGAAAGGUUGAUCUCUCCAAAAUCACUUAUUUAGUGUUUGCUUAUGUAUGAUCGAGGAACUUUUUUUCUUUUUUUCAGUUACCAUGUUACAACCUCUUUAUUAGUUUAUCUAUUGCUCACCAGUUUUUAAGUUUCAAAAUUUAUUACCAAAACUGUCAGUUUGCUUAUUUCAGUUUCUCGGAGUAUCAACUUCAUUGCUAAGAAAGAAGUGGUUAACCCCAUCUUCUCCUUUACUUAUUAUAUACGGUAAAAACCGGAUGUGAGCCAAACCAGUGGAACGGGAACCGGAGGAAGGAACAAUGAUGCGCCCGAGGCUACUCGCCCUUGACCGAAACAGUGCCUGGGCCGAAGCUGAGCAAGGGCACCGACUGAUCUGCCCUCUGUAUCGUUGAAACGGCCAAGCCCGAGGACUCGGGCUUUCAUGGCCGUUGGUCCGCAUGACCGUUGGCCCGGGUGACCGUUUGUCCGUGUGGCCGUUGCAAACGGGUCACGCGCCAGUAACGUCUAGUCAUGGUCAACUACCUACCAUGCGUGUGUCAGACGGCGCCGUCAGUCUAAUCCCACCAAAUCCGUGCAGAGCAGUCCUUUUUAUUAUUAUUUU